AUCCCAUGUGGGACACCAGGGUCGCACAGUUUGCUGCCUUCCCCUCUGAGAACAAUCCCAUAUCUGUGCUAGUCCCCAGACUGAUUGGAGCAAGCGAGACGGGUAAGGAGACUGGGAAAGGGUCCUCCACAGCUCUGCUCCCCUGCAGCCGGCGCGGUUCUCCUAGCCCUUAGCUCCCUCCUUGCCACUCGGCGCUCGGCAAACUUUCCGAGUUUUCCUGCAAUUGCGUCACGGAAAAGGCAAGCGGGUGAUCGAGUCCAGGAGACGAGGCCCCGCGGCGGCUGGCGAGCUCCACAGCGCGGCGCUCCAACCGGGGCGAGAGGUGGCUCUCGGCACCGGCAACUCGGCUGCUGAAAGCUGGCAGCACCCCGACUCCCAGGUGUACUUCCCGAAUCCCAGCCACCCGGACUGAACCUGAGAGUGGGAGGGCGCCCGCCAGAAGGAAAGAGGACAGAGAGCGGGUGGUGGCACCCUGGCCUCGGGAGGGCGGAGCUGCGCGGUCCUUGCUCCGCCAGGACGCGCGGAAGUGCUGUGGAGUUUGCUCAAUUCCCUAGCCUGAUUUUCCUCCCUCAUACCUCCCUCCCUCUCUCUCCCCACCCCUCACCUCCCCUACUGCUUUCUCCUCCUUCUUCGGGACGCCACCUCCUGGAGUCCUUUUUCUUCUUUUUUUGGAUUUUUGUUUUGUUUUGUUUUGGACGUGACUUCCCGCUGGCAGCGCUUAGGGGUAGCAAGUGCGGUGGAAAGAGGCUCUAAGAGACUGGGACUCAACUCAUCCCUCUCGGGCGGCAUCCACAGGGCAUCGCGGAGAAAGAACCGGCGGCCGGCCGGACAAACAGCCGGUCGAGCCAUCUAUUCUACGGAACUCCAUCUACCAACUACUGUUGAGUGUUUCCUGGCACACCAGUGGUGGGGGGCGGGUGAUGGUGAAGGUUUCACUAGUGUUACUUCUCGACAGGGGUUCUGGGACUCCGAUAAGGGUCAGCUUAGGUACUCCGAGAAACUGCUGAGGAAUUAAGCAAACAAAAGAAGUACAGAGAGAGAGAGAGAGAGAGAGAGAGAGAGAGAGAGAGAGAGAGAGAGAGAGAGAGAGAGAGAGAGAGACAGAGAGACAGAGAGAGACAGAGAGAGACAGAGAGAGAGAGAGAGACAGAGACAGAGAGAGACAGAGACAGAGACAGAGAGAGACAGAGACAGAGAGACAGAGAGAGAGAGAGAGACCUCUGAGAGGCAUGUCGCCCCCCUUGUUCUCUGGGGGUAGGGGCUAAGCCACUUGCAGGGCGGGAAAAGGGCACCAGAGCGGGCGAGGAGGGGUCGCACCCCCUAGGUCUUGCCGGUUGUGCAAGCUUUGGCUGUUGUUUUCCCGGCCUGGCUCGUUUGGAGGCCGGACACAUCCACCCUUGGAAUUGGUUCAGGACUCUGUUAUUCUCCUUGCCCCUCUUGGAUUUUCUGGAUUCUUGAAGACGCGGUGGCCCGGGAGGAGAGGGGAAGAAGGAAGGAAUAGAUCUUCAGAGGAAUGUGAGAGCCUCCCAAAGCCGGAGCUGGGAGCUGGGGAGGCAGAAACUUGCCUGCGUUCCUGGGAUUGUGGUCCGGGGCUGAUUCUUGUCUGUUGUACAACAUUGUUCUAGUGGAAAUGUCUGUCGCAUUCUUGUUCUAGCAGACCUGGUUUCUUCAGGCUAUUUGACUUUUCUACUUGAUGUGAGAGGAGGGAGAGACUCCCUCCCUCUCAGGGGCUGCCAAGGGAGAGAAGAAAAACUGUGGUCAUGACCAGCCCCUCCCUGCUUACAGGCAGAUACCCCAAGGCUGGAUAAGUCAGUUUCUGGACCAUGGACAUUUCUUUGAAGAGAAAGCAGCUAGGCAGCAUCUUGUUUAUGCUGCGACCUUGCCUGGGGGUCUGAGUAAGGUUUACUAGACUUUGAGCUGCAAGUGCAGUUUUAGACACCCUGCUGAGCAUCCUGGGUCUAAGCAAGGCAUUUUCCUUCCAGUCUUGACCUGUCAGGUAGCCUAACCAUGGCACUGAAAGGCCGAGCCCUCUAUGAUUUCCACAGUGAGAACAAAGAGGAAAUCAGCAUCCAGCAGGAUGAAGACCUGGUUAUCUUCAGUGAGACCUCACUGGAUGGCUGGCUGCAGGGGCAGAACAGCCGUGGGGAGACAGGGCUCUUCCCGGCUUCUUACGUUGAGAUUGUCCGUCCUGGCGUCGGCACCAACCACGUGGACUACCCCAGCAACCUCGCAAGCUCCCUGGGUACCCAAGUGAGUUUGUAUAACAGCCCUAGUAUGGCCAACCCAGCCAGGAGUGGCGGGGGCAGUGGCUUCCUCUCAAACCAAGGAAGCUUUGAGGAUGAUGAUGAUGAUGACUGGGAUGACUGGGAUGAUGGCUGCACAGUGGUAGAAGAGCCCAGGGCUGGUGGCCUAGGUACCAACGGGCACCCUCCACUCAACCUCUCCUACCCGGGUGCCUACCCCAGUCAGCAUAUGGCUUUCCGUCCCAAGGCACCCUUGGAAAGGCAGGACAGUAUGGCAUCUGCCAAGCGGGGCAGUGUGGUGGGACGAAACCUCAAUCGUUUCUCGUGCUUCGUGCGCUCUGGAGUGGAGGCCUUCAUCCUUGGUGACGUACCCAUGAUGGCCAAGAUUGCUGAGACAUACUCCAUUGAGAUGGGCCCUCGGGGCCCUCAAUGGAAGGCCAACCCCCACCCAUUUGCCUGCUCCGUAGAGGACCCCACCAAGCAGACCAAGUUCAAAGGCAUCAAAAGUUACAUCUCCUACAAGCUCACACCCACCCACGCUGGCUCACCCGUUUACCGGCGCUACAAACACUUUGAUUGGCUCUACAACCGCCUUCUACACAAGUUCACUGUCAUCUCCGUGCCCCAUCUGCCUGAGAAGCAGGCCACUGGCCGCUUCGAGGAGGACUUCAUUGAGAAGCGCAAGCGACGACUCAUUCUCUGGAUGGACCACAUGACGAGUCACCCAGUGCUGUCUCAGUAUGAGGGCUUCCAGCAUUUCCUCAGCUGCCUAGAUGACAAGCAGUGGAAGAUGGGUAAGCGCCGGGCAGAGAAGGAUGAGAUGGUGGGUGCUAGCUUUCUGCUCACCUUUCAGAUCCCCACAGAGCACCAGGAUCUGCAGGAUGUAGAGGACCGUGUGGAUACAUUCAAGGCUUUCAGUAAGAAGAUGGAUGACAGCGUCCUGCAGCUUAGCACCGUGGCAUCAGAGCUGGUGCGGAAGCAUGUGGGAGGCUUCCGCAAGGAAUUCCAGAAGCUGGGAAGUGCCUUCCAGGCCAUUAGCCAUGCCUUCCAGAUGGAUCCUCCCUUUAGCUCUGAGGCCCUCAACAAUGCCAUUUCUCACACCGGCCGGACCUAUGAAACUGUUGGUGAGAUGUUUGCUGAACAGCCCAAGAAUGACCUCUUCCAAAUGCUUGACACUCUGUCUCUCUACCAGGGCCUGCUCUCCAACUUUCCUGACAUUAUCCACCUGCAAAAAGGUGCCUUUGCCAAAGUGAAGGAAAGCCAGCGCAUGAGUGAUGAGGGCCGCAUGGCUCAGGAGGAGGCUGACGGCAUUCGCAGGCGCUGCCGUGUGGUAGGCUUCGCCCUGCAGGCCGAGAUGAACCACUUCCACCAGCGCCGUGAGCUUGACUUCAAGCAUAUGAUGCAAAGCUACCUGCGCCAGCAGAUCCUUUUCUACCAGCGGGUGGGCCAGCAACUGGAGAAGGCCCUUCGCAUGUAUGACCAUCUCUGACUGACUCUGGCCACACAUGCAGAUCCUCUUCCCACCUGGGCCUGGCCACUGCAGUGGCUCAGGUGCUCAGGAGUGGGUGAGCUGAGUGGCCCGUUAGAAGUCCUGGUGCCCCUGGAGAAGUCUUCCCUCACUUUAGAGAUGGGUGGAUGGAGAUAGGUGUUCUCUGAGCCAAAGCCUGGACUGCUGGUCAGUCCCUAGAGAGCAGGCUUCUCUGGAGCCUACAGUGCACGCUCACCUGGCCACCACACCCUGUUUAUUCCCUGGACUCCACUGACUCCUGUGGCCGUGGCUGAGACACUGGUGACCAAGGCUGGAACAUUGCCUGUCCUGGAAGAGCCACCUUUCAAGAUGGAUAUCAGAUAAUGCAGUAUGACAGUGACACUUAAGAAUUCAGGGAAACUCCUUGAAGGACCACAGAAUUCUGCUAGUCAGGGGCCACUCCAUGGAGUAGGUGACAUUCCAGAAAUAUCUUGAAGAAUUACAAGGACCUAAAAGACAGUAAAUGGAGUGAAAGACAUUUUGGGGAGAGGGCCGAUGUCUCUCCUCUUCCUUACCUUUCCCAGCCAAGUUUGGUGUCCUCUUCGUGGGUUCUGAUCUUUAUGACAGAGGGAGGGCUCAUACUUGCUCCAUGGUCCCUGGCUUUCCCUGCCCUACCCAUACUUCUGCAGGAGGGACUGCUGGCCAACUCCUCCUAUAUGUCUUGGACUCCCUUCUACCAUGGUUGGGAACCCCCUACACACACACACACACACACACACACACACACACACACACACACACACACACACUUCCUUGAUUAGGGGGACUAUGCAUCGACUUUCCCUUCUCUGGGCUCAAGGUGCUCAAGCCAUGAAGCACUGGCCCCGGAGUUGCCCUUCUGGAGGAACCAAAAGUUACCAGCAGUAACUCCCCAUUCUAGCAAGUUCAGGGCCCAAGCUCCCAGGCAUCUUUGCUUCUGUGGGCUGGUCUUCUCAAGUCCUUCUAAUUGCACAGUGGAAAAUCUGAAAGAAACUGGGAACUUUAGACCCUCUGCUCCUGGCCAGACUCACUUGUCUAGAUGUGCCGCCACCAACCUGUUUACAUUCUCCAGGAGUUGCUGCCCCUUUACCCUUCAGGCCAGGAUGUGGCCAGCAGCAUGUUGUUGGGAAGUGACCUUGUCCCCUCUUGCCUUCCUGGAAAGCCAUGGUCUGCUCCUGGGUCCUUCUGCUUGACUCUUUUUUUCUUGAUAAACUUUUUACAAUACUGUAA